UACAGUCAAAUGGCACCGACCCGGAGGCCGGAGCCGACCGUGUUGCGCUGAAACCGACCAGACUAGUAUUUGGAGGGAACGUAGAGUUAACUUGACUACUUCCUCUAUUUCCCAUUUUUUGGUCUGUUUUUGAACUUUCCGAUUGACUCCUCUCAAAGACUCAACUUCUGAAUUCUGAUCUACAAAACUUGCUGAGAGAGGGCGAGGGAGGGUGCCGGAGAGCUUUGAUAUCUCUCGCCAUGGCUUCCUCCAAUUCUUCAAAGAAUUUGGUGUUACCAGUUUCUGAUCCUCCGAGGGGCGAUGAGAGUCUCUUCAAGGGUUCCGCCAUGACCAAGAGGGGGGCCUACGCUGCCAUUUCUUACAUGACUUGCGCAGUACUCUUGGUGAUGUUUAACAAGGCAGCUCUUUCGUCAUAUAAUUUCCCCUGUGCAAAUGUCAUCACACUGUUUCAGAUAAUAUGCUCAUGUUCAUUGCUCUUUGCAAUGAGACGUUGGAAGAUUAUUUCUUUUACAGUUGGUGAACCCUGGCCUCUUACUGAUAAUUCAGUCAUGCUUGUACCAUUCAAGACAUUAGUUCACACCCUACCUCUCGCAUUAUCUUACUUGCUUUACAUGCUGGCUUCAAUGGAGUCUGUACGUGGUGUAAAUGUUCCUAUGUAUACCACCCUCAGGCGGACCACUGUGGUAUUUACAAUGAUAGUGGAAUAUCUUCUAACAGGGCAGAAAUAUUCAUAUUCUGUUGUUGGAAGUGUGGGAUUGAUCGUCUUUGGUGCAUUUAUUGCUGGAGCUCGGGACUUGUCAUUUGACUCCUAUGGUUACGCUAUUGUUUUCAUAGCCAACAUUACCACAGCUAUAUACCUUGCGACUAUAGCCCGAAUUGGGAAAACUAGUGGCCUCAACAGCUUUGGCCUAAUGUGGUGCAAUGGAAUAAUAUGCGGACCAGUGUUGCUGUUCUGGACAUUUGUUCGGGGUGACUUGGAAAUGACAAUAAAUUUUCCUCAUUUGUAUUCUAUUGGCUUUCAGGUUGUCAUGCUUCUUUCAUGUAUAAUGGCUUUCUUUUUGAACUAUAGUAUAUUUUUGAAUACAACUCUCAACUCUGCACUCACACAGACAAUGUGUGGUAACUUGAAGGAUCUUUUUACCGUUGGACUUGGUUGGCUAUUGUUUGGUGGGCUUCCAUUUGAUAUUUUGAAUGUUAUUGGUCAACUUCUUGGUUUCUUUGGCUCUGGUUUGUAUGCCUACAGUAAGCUCAAAGGGAAGUAAGCAACAAGCUGUUAUUGAGGAGCUCAUUGUCCAUUGGAGGUAUUUAGUUGGGUUUAUGUUGCUGCUGCAGUCAUAACCAUCUAAAUUUUGAUGUGUAUAAUGAGCUUCUAGGGAGUGAGUGCAACGAUUUCUACAAAAUUGCAGCCAUGCUCUUUUUUUUUGGCACAGAAGGAUAGCUGCUCUUACUUCACGGGAAUUGAGGGCCUGUUUAUCUUGAGUCAUUGUACUCAUCUACAGAGUGGUUAGUGAUGAAAGUAGAAACGGUGAUAGCGGUGGCCACUUGCUGGGACAAUGCAUAUUACAUUUGUAGGUGAUUUUUUUUUUAUAGAUAACAUUUGUAGGUGAUUUUUUUUUGAUAGAUAACAUUUGUUGGUGAUUUUUUUCUUCUCAUUUCUUCUUCUUUUUGGGUUUGACAAUUUUGAAAUUGGAGGAAUGCCAGAUGCCAAAAUAUCUAAGCUGACAUUUUAACUUAAGCAUCAUUGGCACAAAAUGAGAUGAUAUCUUUUCUUUGUGAGACAACAAAGUUAACAUUCUGUUUUGAAGUUCUCAAAAUAUAAUAUAAAAGCAGAUCUUUGGUGCUCCA